AUGGUUUGGGACUUCGUACUCUCCCUCUUCCAUUCCCUUCUCGCCGCGUUCCAGACCUUGACAUCCUGGCUGACGGGUAGUUUCUUGUUCAACAACAAGAUGGCCCCAGCUCCAAAUCCAGCUCCCGUUACCUUCAUCCUUCCCGACCUCGAAAAGACGUUCAACUCGCUACCCGACGACGGACUCAACCCACAUCACGACGUCGCUUGCGCAGAGUCGCGUGAAUGGUUCGCAAAAUACAACAAGAAGGUUCUCGGUGCCCAGAUGCAAGAGUUCUUCAGGCGCUGCAAGUUCGAACUCAUCACGUCGUACACCUAUCCCUACGUGGACAAGGAAGGUCUCAGAGCGACUAUGGAUUGGCACAAUAUCCUCUGGUUCUUCGACGAGGUUACAGACACCGAAACUGGCAAGGACGCUCACAAAUCCGCCAUCAUCACUAUCCGCACCCUCCGCGAGCCCGACUUCGAUGACGGAUCAUCACUGUGCAGAAUGGUCAGGGACUUCCGCCUCAGUCACCUCUCUCGCGCCGGUCCCGAAUGUACUCGCCGAUUCCUAGAGCACUGCGAUGUUGCGUUUCACGCGGGUGCGGUGGAAGCUGAACUCCGUGAGAAAGGCGAAGUGCUCUCGAUCGAAGGAUACCUCAAACUCCGUCGCGAGACGAGCGGAGCGCGCACCUGCUUCGAUAUGGCCGAAUACCUCAUGGACAUUGACCUUCCCCAGGACAUGUAUGACGACCCCGUAUUCCAGAAGGGCUACAUCGCUGCUCUUGACCUCAUCUUCCUCGCUAACGAUCUUUAUUCUUACAACAUGGAACAAGCUAAGGGGCACAACGGUGCCAACGUUCUGACCGUCGUCAUGAAAGAGACCAAGCUGAACCUCCAAUCCGCUGCUGACUACGUCGGUGUUCUUUGUGAGAAGCUCAUCAAGCAAUUCCAAGAGGCAAAGAGCACGCUCGAGAAUCGCCUCGCGAAGGAGAAGAACCCCGCUAAGGCCGCUGCGCUGAAGGAUGCAAUCCGCUCGUUGGUCGGGUACGGACACUGGGUUCGGGGCAACGUCGAAUGGAGCUUCGAGACAGAGAGAUAUUUCGGGAAGAAGAACAAGGAGAUCAAGAAGUCUCGGGUUGUGACCCUGACGCCUACGAACAGUGUUAAUCGCGCUCUCAAGGCCUAG